AUAAUAGCCCUCAUUCUCGUCGGUGGCUUCGGCACCCGUCUGCGCCCUCUCACCCUCACUCUCCCCAAACCCUUAGUCGAGUUCGGCAACAAGCGAAUGAUUCUACACCAGAUCGAGGCUUUGGCAGAGGCAGGAGUUACAGAUAUUGUCUUGGCCGUCAAUUAUCGCCCAGAGGUGAUGGAAAAGUAUUUGGCAGAGUACGAAGAAAGAUUCAACGUCAAGAUUACCUUCUCCAUCGAAUCCGAGCCCCUUGGCACUGCAGGCCCCCUAAAGCUGGCGGAAGCAAUCCUUGGAAAGGAUGAUGCGCCAUUUUUUGUUUUGAACUCUGACGUUAUCUGCGACUACCCCUUUGCGGAUCUCGCUGCCUUCCACAAAGCCCACGGCGACGAGGGUACCAUCAUCGUCACAAAGGUUGAAGAACCUUCCAAGUACGGUGUCGUCGUUCACAAGGCAAACCACGCCUCGCGGAUUGACCGCUUCGUCGAGAAGCCUGUCGAAUUCGUCGGAAACCGUAUCAAUGCUGGUAUCUACAUCCUGAACCCCAGCGUACUCAAGCGCAUCGAGCUUCGCCCUACGUCUAUCGAACAAGAGACUUUCCCAUCCAUCUGCGCCGAUGGAAAACUACACUCAUUUGACUUGGAGGGCUUCUGGAUGGAUGUCGGACAACCCAAGGAUUUCCUGUCCGGAACUUGCCUCUACCUCUCCUCCCUGACAAAGAAGGGAUCCAAGCUUCUCACACCCCCGAAUACUCCGUACGUGCACGGAGGCAAUGUCUUGAUCGACCCUUCUGCCAAGAUUGGCAAGAACUGCAGAAUCGGCCCCAACGUCACUAUCGGUCCAGAUGUCGUUGUCGGUGACGGCGUGCGCCUGCAACGCUGUGUCCUUUUGUCGGGAUCUAAAGUCAAGGAUCAUGCCUGGGUCAAGAGCACCAUCGUCGGCUGGAACUCCACCAUUGGGAGAUGGGCACGAUUGGAGAACGUCAGUGUCCUGGGUGACGAUGUUACCAUUGGCGACGAGAUCUACGUUAACGGUGGAAGCAUCCUGCCGCACAAGAGCAUUAAGGUCAACGUUGACGUGCCAUCGAUCAUCAUGUGA